GUUUUAUCUUUCACGCUCAUUCACCCUUUUGGCUUUCUGGUUUCUCCUGAUAGUCCAGGAAGUGUGAUUGCAGAGUUGGAGGUGCAAUUCAAAAACAACGUUAGUGUAAGUGAGAUAGAGGAAUUGACCAAAAAGAUAAUUGAAGAUAAGAAGCUUGGCCCGUUGAGUGUAGAUGGUGUCAGCGUUGGACCAACUACUCCACCACGUUAGUACUGUUCUCAGUAAUUUUUUUCAAGUCUUAAUUGUAGGGACAUGUUCACUCAUAGGACACUUGCAUGGUAACGUCAUUUUACUACAACUACCAGUAUCCUUCACUUUAUUUUUUUUUUCAAUUAAACCUCAGCGGGGUUGCCCAAUUUAAAUAAGAGAGCAAAACACGAAAUGAUUUCUGGUUAUUGUUGACAAAAGUCGUCACUAUGAAAAUUGCCUAUUUGACUAACUCCUGGUGUGCUUUCAUUUGAAAUGACGAUUGAUUAAGUUUGAAAUUUAGCACCCUAGUAAGAAGACGCAUCACUUGGUGCCUGCAAUGAGUAGAAUGUAAAACAGUCGGUUUUUUUUUCCUCAAGAUUGGUUUAUUGUAGCCUUAGAGUAGCGUAAGAGUGUCACGCGCGCGAGCCUCACGUUCCUGUAGGCCCACUUCAGACCUUUAGUUUGACUGUUCGCGCGUACUUAAAAACGCCAAAGUACGGACUGUUUUGCAGUUUAUGCAAUGAGAAAGUAGUGUUAUGCUUAAACUAUUUCCUAUUUUAUUAAGUGAAUUCCCGUGUAUAGUAAAGCAUCCUGUUUCAGUGCCAUCACUGCGUGGUAUGGUAUUGGUUGGAUAGCAUUGCAAUGCAUAGUACUGCAUAUAUAUUUAUCUCUUUAAUCCGUGAUAGGCCUUGUCAAAAUGAAGCCCCUUACUAUCCUGAUGGGAUGCUAUGUACUUAAAGAGGAUCGUUACUGAACAUUACAGAAUAUCUGCAGCAACGUUUAUUUACCCAGAAAACAAAUGCACAAGACCUUAACAGUCGAUGAAUUGCUAAAUAGUACAUGUUUGAGAUGUAGUCAUUAAGUCAUCUUUUUUCUUUAGCUCCUGAGGAAAAAGAAGAGUGUAACAUGUUUUUCGAAGGAGAUGACUGUAAAAAGGGUGAGUAUAACUCGAACACUUUCGGUGAGCUUUGCAAAAGAUUCCCGGGUUAAAUUUCAUUCCGUUUCCUCUCUUCCAAGUAGAUCUGAUCCCAGCUGUUCAAAAGGUGGAUAGCGCUAUCCACCUAAUAAAUCUCUGUCCAGUGGAUUACGCAGUUGGUUUUUCCUAAUACUUAUCAACUGGAAAGCGACCUAUCCGGUGGAUAGCGGUGUCAAUGUGCCUAUAGAGUGAAAAACAAACGACUACCUUUUCGGAUCAGUGUAAGUUAUACUGACUUACUGACCCUUUUCCUUUCCUUAUCCGGGAUGCAGGGAUGGUAGUUGGCCCACUACAUGUAUGCAUGCUCCUAUAAAAUGCAGUGAUUUUGUUUCAAAUAGUUAUUGUGAGUCCUGACUAUUGUAAGACCAAUUUUGUAAAAAAAAUCAUGAGUCAUGAGCCCCAGUCCAGAAGCAUCUAGUCCCUAUUCAAAAACACGAGCCCGUGGGUCAUUAUGUAACCAUAGUUAGUCUAAAGACCGACUCAAAACUCUGCAUUAUAGUUUACUGAAAUAAAAAUAUACUCCUUCUAUCGUCAAGCACAACAAAGACUAAAAGAAAUAUGCUUUGUUAAACAACAGCCACAAGAACAGCCACAGAAAUCGUGCAAGAACAUCCUCAAGAACAUCCUCAGAUCGAUCAAUCGAUCUUUGCGUCUUUCCGUGACGCAUACGUCAAAUUAUUUUGCGUCUUUAAGGAUUUUUAUGACGCAGGAAACCGAGGUAACAAAUCAUUUAAAUGACUUGCUUCUUUUUUGCAGGAAAACCUGCCCUGAUUGCUCUAGUUGCAGUAGCUGCGCUGGCUUUUGUGGGUCUCAUUGUAGCCAUUAUUGCAUGCUCACUUCACAAGAAAAAGCGUGGUGCACAGUCAAUCUCUAAUGGUAAGUGAAAAAUAAGCUCUUACUUUCUGAACCAUAUUUUGAAAACAACUACAAAACAAGCUGUGAAUGGGCAUGCACCCUAGCCUGCCUAGCAAGCGUUCCCCGGUGAACUGUUGCGCGAACGUUGGAGCGAGAGCACAAGAAAUGGAAGACAAACUCGCGCGGAAACGAGUGCUACACAGACUACUUGCACCCUCAAGAACUUUGUCCGUUUUGAAACCACUUCAAAACAAGCAGUGUCAAAGGAAGAGUUAAAACUUAAUGGAUUUCAUCCAUUAACAACUGCAUCGCAACACCUCGACCUCUGCUGUAGUGUCAGAACAGAAUUCCACCAGCUUUGCAGACCACUGAUGACCCCAGAAGGAAGCCGCCAAAACAAUCGGAAAAAGUUCUUUGUAGACAAUAGAUAAGGGCGUCUGCAGUGGAGACCAUCUCCUCGCGAACCAGUCUCUACCUACAAUAGCCCAGUAUCCAACGGAGCCAGCAGCGUCAGAGGAUACAUAAACAUCUGGAAUGGGAGCCUAGCAAGGAGACAACAGAAAACUGUACCCGUUCCAUGACUGGAAGAAUUCGAGCCACCACCACAAAUCCAAAUGAAAUUUUCUAAUAUAUAGAUUUAGCCAGGGUUAAAAGCAAAGCUUCCGUUUCUAUACUUAUGAUAAAAGCAAUCAAAUUUACGAAUAUUGACAUGAACUCAAAGUCAAGAAAAGAAAUCUUCACAUUCCUAUUAAUUGAACUUUAGGAGCCUUCGGCAUGAGUUCACCUUUUGAAGAAGGGGCUAAAUGAUUAAGAAAAAAAUCCCGCAAACAGACCUGAAGUGAAAAAAUUGUGAAAUUGUAGAUCUCUUCAAUAGCAGCAAUUUACAGGUUACGAUUUCUAGGGUCAGUAUUUCUGUCUUUAAGGGGAGACCUAAAAGGAAAAUCAGGCCGACUUAAAAACUUUUGUCUUUCCCUAAGGCCAUUAUAUUUUCUUGUCUUUUCUUGUUUAUUUAUUUUUUUAACAGGUCCGGACGAACAGCUAUGCGUAGCUUUUACAUUUAUACCUCACAAUAUCUGAAAGAAAUUUUACUGUAAGGUGUAUAAUAUUUUCUUUGAGGACAUGCAUAGGAAAGCAAACGAUAACCUUUUACGCUACUAACUGUAAUCUAAUCUUUCACUUCAAAUAUAAACGUUAACACAGCAACUUACAACUUUGCCUUAAAAAAAAAUAGACAAACUCAAACUCAAACGCCAUAUGUGGGUUGAGUUUGUUGUUGGUUCUCUCCUUUGCUCCAAGAGGUUUUUCUCUGGGUACUCCGGUUUUCCCCUCUCCUCAAAAACCAACAUUUCCAAAUUACAAUUCGACCAGGAAUCAGGUAGACGAAGAACCACUAUGUGGAUGUGCUACCUGCAAAUAGUUAUUUAAAAAAAAUGCAUUUAAAUGCACUUGACUGGCUCACCCAUUUGCAACUAACAAAAAAAUCUAUAUGGACGGCAGAAUGCUUUUCGUUGUUUAUUUUGGUACAUUUGAGAUUACAUUAUUUACUUCGUAUUUGAUACUGUAAAAAGUCACAAGAGAACAAGCUAGAUACGAGCAUGCGAGUUUGUGAUUCUUCACAACGAGUAAAUAAAAAUCGCGCAACGAUGAUGUCAAAUUGUCAGUAAUUUUAUUUGCCAAAUUCUGUUGGUCAGGAGUAAUUCUUUGUACAUAUAUAAUAAAUUACUUUCUGACGUAUGCCUGGAACUGUGUAAGAGCAGAAGCUGUUUUCGUAUUUCAUCUCUGUUGUUUGUAACAAUGAAUAAUAGCCAUGGGGAGACUUCUUUGUAGGUCAGAAACUCGUGGUUUUGUCGUGUAGGGAAGAAUUCAGAACUUUUGUACACAGACAGCACUCACUGCUCCACGAAAAGACUGGUAUUGUCGUUUCCUACACCCCUGGCCUUCCCAAUCAAGAUGUUGUUUUGUUUGACUGGCCACUUUUUUAUCUCUGACUAGUGCAAAAUAAGCAAAAGAUUUCAAAAAUCUUUGUGCAGUUUGCCUGAAAAUGAAAACUUAAUGCACUUAAAAUAUCUAAGUCGUGUUGCUACAGCUUUCAGUCCAGAAAUGUAUCCAUCAGCCAUCCGUCUGUGGGUCCUUGUGCUUGAGUAGAAGUAAUUUCUUUGCUAACCUUAUACUUCAUAGCCUAAUCAAACAAAAAAUGAAAUGGCCGAGGCACGGUCCUCUCAACAUUCUUUGCUUCCCAUUGAUUUUAACGUGUCUUAUUAAUCUUACAGGUGAAUACGCACAGAGACAUAGUCCAGAAGGGUAAGAAAUUUUUCCUUUUGUACUGUUUCUAGUAAUCAAAGGUGGUUCUAACAUUCGUUCGAGUUGCUCCAUAUACACACUGUACAAAGCUUGUGACUGUCUCUUUCCAUUUUUUUUGGGAGUGUUACGCGAACUACUUAAGCAAACGCGCUAACACAACACGUAACACCAAGUACAUUGACCGUAGUGAAAGACUUAGUGAAAAUGAUAUCUUACAUUGCUUUCCGUCUGUUAGAACUGGCUGGCCAGACCAGUCCAGUUGUGAAGAGGCUUCCACUAUUAAUGACGACUAUCCAGCCAGCUCAGUCUAUUCUUAGAAUAGUCCGUUCGGCAGUGGUGGGUUUUACGGAAAAUUUCGCGAAAAAUUUUACAUUCAAAAUGCCUAUUCACGCCGGCCAGUUACAACUUCUGGUAAGCGCCCUUAGUGUCUUACUUCCCUACCAAAACAGUAUUUCAGUAGCUUGGUUUUCACAGUCGUUAAAAAAAUAAAUGAAAGCGCUUUUUUCCUGUAAUAAAUUCCACUUGUUCGAAUUGUUUUGGUCACUACCCCAUUCCCGAUCCCCCCCCCCCCCCCCCCCCAAAAAAAAAAAGAAGAAAAGAAACGAAAACUGUGGUGAAGUUUCAGUUAAAUAUACGAGGAUAUGUCGCAUAACAUGCCUGUAUCCUUAUCUGGUUGUUAGCCGUGGUGGAACUGGUGACAGAAAUUAUUCUAAUGGCAAAACGUACUAUGGCAAUGAGAAUAGAGGUUAUGACCAGGAAAGACCAGAUGCAACCCCUAUGGUGACGUUCACUCCAAACCCUGCGCAAACACCAGGCAUAGCAGUCAACGAUUCGAGUGUCACAAAGGUAAGACUCAGUUUGUUUUCAAUUUGAAUGUGAAGCUCUUUAAAGGAGCUCUGUCACCAAAUUUAUCAAAAUUAAAACAGUGGGAAAUACCACUAUAACUGAGUGAAACAUAAAAGUAACUGCCCAAAAUAUGGAAAGAAGGUAUAAAUAACAGAUUAAAUACAAAAGGAGGCACGGAUGGACAAAAUCUGAAGAAGAUUGAAACGGAUUGCAAUUGUGGUUUUUGAAGACUUUGGUAGCCUUAACAGUUUUUCAGACUUCAUUUGGUUUUUGUGACGUAAAAUGUAAUCCUUGGGAAACAAGUAAAUUCUUAAGCUCCAUUUCUAGUCGUAAUUGGCAUUAUUAACAAAAUGAACCAUACAGUCGUGACACAGCCCCUUUAACAGCUUGUACAGUGCAUGAACACCUUCUCAAGUGCCAGAAUUUGUCGAGAUCGGAGAUAUCUGCACAAAAAGCAAAAAUGAAUCACUGCAGCUUUUAUUUAAAAAUUUGGGGCCAGUCGCAUGUUUAGGGCACAUCCAUACCUUUAUCACGAUGUUUCUAAUAUUUAACAGUUCCUUCACUCUUCACUCGAGAGGGUAUUCACUGUCUGUGGGAUUUAACCUCUGUAGCAUUCGUUCGUGAAUAAUGAACUUAAUCAAUAGAACAAUUACAGCAAUACCUGCUUGCCUACCUAUUCCUUCUGAUUCUUACGCUUCUUGUGUUACAUUUGUCAGUUACUAACCUUUAUUAAUUAUAAGAAACCUUCACCUGUUAAGGUGGCUCCGUAAUUAAUACUAGAGCAUUUUGCUGUGACAAAUUUUUCGUCAUAACUUUUUCGAUUUUAACGCGAUGGCUGCGAAACUUUGCAAAGAACAAUAGAUAUCAUUCGGCAAUAAUACGAAAUAUUCCGAUUUCAUUGAUGGCAAAUAUUUCUUGAGAAAUUAGCGCUUAAAAGGACCCUACUGUUCAAAGAAAAUCGCGUCUAGUAAAAAAUUUUGCUGAUACUUUUUACUGAAAUUUCUGGUAUCGGCUUCAAUUGAUAUAAUAAAUAUGCCAGAGGAAUUUCAGAAAAAUCGUUGGAGCAGAAGUCCGUAACUAUAAGUCGCUCAAAAUUCAGCUGUGAAAUUUGUUUUGGAAUUUCAAAAUAAAUUACUAUCAGGAAGAAGGAGCCACCAGUUUGAAUUUUCGGGACAAGUAAAUUCAACGUUUGCUAAUUCUUAAAACAAAAGCCGAUUGCCUAUCGUGCUAUUCUUUAAAAGGUACUUUUUAGUUUUAGAAGCACUAUAAAUUGCUCCAAACCUUGCUCUGAAGUAGAAUUACUUGUUCUUCGACAUUUUUAAAAUAUCCCUUGGCAGUUUUGGCUCAAACUCCUGCUGCAUACAUUUUGAUGUAUUGCAAUGCAUUUUCAAUGACUUGUAGUGCUGUUCGUUGCUUCCAACACAGGAAAAAAGUAUUGAGAUUGGACGCUACCUCGUAUCAGAGCUCAGAUAGAACUGUCCAACACCUUUGUUUAUGACUACAAAAUGAGCACGAGCUGCAGUUCUGCGAGGAAUUCUCACCUCAGCUAGGGGGGACGAAUGACAAUGAUGACCAUGCCUUUGAACCGAAUAACAUCACAGUGCAAAAUAAAAUUAUCGCAAAAAUACUUCCCGUGAAUAAAUUUACAACUCUGAAAUUUUUGUCACUCCUUCCUUCAAUGAAUGGGUAUUUUUUUCUUGAUUAUUAUGUUUUGCUCUGCAAUACAUGUUUAUACAGAUCGGUUCACCGACAUAGGCAUCAUUGUCAUUCGUCCCCCCCUGAGCUGAGGUGAACCCCUCGCAGAGCUGCCGCUCGUGCUCAUUUUCUGGUCAUAAACAAAGGUGCUCGACAGUUCUAUCUGAGCUUCGAUACAAGGUAGCUUACAAUCCCAAUACCUUUUUCCUGAAUUGGAAACAACGUACAGCAGGAAAAGCCGUUGAGAAUGCAUUGCAAUAUAUCAAAAUGUAUGUAGCAGGAGUUUGAACCAAAACUGCCAAGAGAUAUUUUAAAAAUGUCGAGGAACAAUUCAUUCGACGUCAGAGCAAAGUUUGAAGCAAUUUAUAGUGCUUCUAAAACUGAAAAGUACCUUCUAAAGAAUAGCACGAUAGGCAAUCGGCUUCUGUUUUCAGAAUUAGCAACCACUGAAUUUACUUGUCCUGAAAAUUGAAACUGGUGUCUCCUUCUUCCUGAUAGCAAUUUAUUUUUGAAAUUCCAAAACAAUUUCACAGCUGAAUUUUGAGCGACUUUUAGUUACGGACUUCUGCUCCAACGAUUUUUCUAAAAUUCCUCUGGCAUAUUUAUUAUAUCAAUUAAAGCCGAUACCAGAAAUUUCAGUAAAAAAUAUCAGCAAAAUUUUUUACUAGACGCGAUUUUCUUUGUAUAGUAGGGUCCUUUUAAGCGCAAAUUUCUCAAGAAAUAUUUACCAUCAAUGAAAUCGGAAUAUUUCGUAUUAUUGCCGAAUGAUAUCUAUUGUUCUUUGCAAAGUUUCGUAGCCAUCGCGUUAAAAUCGAAAAAGUUGUGACGGAAAAUUUUGUCACAGCUAAAUGCUCUUGUAUUAAUUACGGAGCCACCUUAACGGAACAAUAAUUGUACUUACUUCACUGUGCGUCAUUUGAUAAACUCAUAAACAAGUACCGUUCGUGCAGCAUUCGUUCGUGAAUAAUGAACUUAACCAAUAGCACAACUACAGCAAUACCUGCUUGCCUUUUCUCUUAUCCCUUCUGAUUCUUACGCUUCUUGUGUUACAUUUGUCAAUUACCAACCUUUAUCAAUUAUAGGAAACCUUCACCUGUUAACGGAACAAUAAUUGUACUUACCUCACUGUGCGUCAUUUGAUAACCUUAUGAACAAGUACCGCAUUAAAUCAGUUUCCAAACAGUUUUUUGUAAUGUCUUGAUAAGCCUUCUUUCACUUAGUGGUCCUAAAUCUUAAAAUAUUCUCAUACAGUGUUUUUGUUGGCAGGUAAACACUAAUUCUAACGUAAAACUCACCACUAAGUUGUUUAUUAAACCUAAUGACGAUUAAGGUUUCUGAUUUAUUACUCUCGUAAUUCGUAUUGCUUAAUUUCUCUACCUGCUAAAAGUAAAUGUUGUUUAAUCUUGCCCAAUUAAUAACCUCAAUGAUGACUGAUCUAAACAAUUAACAUGCAAAGCACAAGUCCCUGAAAGCUAGCUGUUAAGCACCUUAUGAGUACAAAAUUAGGAUGAAAGAAAAUAACAGAAUGAGACUAAACCUACCCUUGACAUAUAAAAUUAAACAAAUGCAACCCGUGUUUUGUGAUCUAUAGCGUGAUGUUCAUUGUAAAAGUUAAACAACCCUAUAAGUACUCUGAUUAGGUGGAGAUCUAAUAUGGUGAAAGUCGUUGAAAGUUGUUUAUGAUAAGUUCCCUUAUAUUUACUUAAGUAAAUUAAAUGGUGCAAUGCCACAAAUUGUCACUUAUUACUUUUUCACUUUUUGGAUAUUUUCUUGGUGUUGCGGACGGAUGCAAUCACCAAGUGACGUAAUACAAAAGAUUGACUGGGAAAAGACGGUGAACAAGACAAAACACAAAGGCAAACCAAUAGUGUUUCUGCAUCAUCAAGAAACACCCACUUUUGUCACCUUUUUUUUCAUAGUUUGUCACUCUAUAUGCGCUUCGCUAAACAAAUUAUCAUCAUAGCAAUGUGCGUUAUUGAUUUUGAAAAGUAGCCUGGCAAAACGUGAGGUCAAUUCAAAGAGAUUGGCAGCCAUUUCAACCGCGAUAUUGAUGCGAUUCCUUAACUUACUUGGUUGACAGUAACUGAUGUUGUUACAACUUCACCGUUUUUAACAAAACCACUCUUUGGUUUCACGUAACAAUGAAUAAAUGCUUCAAAAAGUGCCUAAAUACAAUAGGAAGAGUCGUUUAUAGCGACCGGUAAGAAUGGCGUUUUAGUAGAGGUGCUGACCAGAAUGUAAGCGUCGCUUGAAAAGAGGAAUCUUUGAGAUAUAUUGAAGUUAUAUACAAACUCUGGUUGUAAAUCCAAGUAUCCCAAAGAUGUCUCUCAUCUGCCUUUGGAAAGGAUUCUGCUGGCAAUCAUCACCAAACUGGAAAAGUUGACUGGAUUCCGUCAUAACCAAAUGGAAGAGUUACUCGAGAUACGACUCGUUGAAGUAGAAUGGUAAAUCAUACAACAAAUUCUUUGAAUACCUCUGUUAACAUUCCUCUGUAAAUUUUAUUAUUUACUAUCCUAACACCUCUUAUGUAAAAAUUACACUCAAAUCCUGUUAAAACUUAAAGCAGAGAAUUAAACUUGUGAUUUUAAACUUGUAACCAACAAAUGACAACUAGGUUAAAGAACCUCCAUAUGAAAAUGUAAACUUUCUGCUUGAUUAUAGUAGAGGUUAAAACAGUUCUAAAUGAUAAAAAGAUACCUUGUUAUGAUGCAGUGUAGUAGAUAGCAUAAGAACAUAAAUAAAAGAAUACGGAAAUGUCAAUAAAAGGAAAUCCAUCGUUUCAUACGCAUUGUUUUUGUGUUCUUUAUAAUGCCUUUUUUCAAAACCCCGCAAAAAAAUGGACUGCUCUUUGGUGAGUGUCGAUAGAUUUAAGCACUAACAACAACAACAACAACAACAACAAAAAGAAAUAAGGACCGUGGGUCAUUUUUAUGAAACCUUUAAAAUUGUGUUUUACCAUUAUACCUGUUGUUCAAGAGUUUGAAAAAAAAAACAGCCUCAAUCGUAAAUUACGCUCGUUACGUAACAAGUUUUAUCUGAUGCUAAUUGACAUUGCAGUUUAUAACGUUCUCGUUAAAAAAAGAAUGAUGCUGAUCUUUAUUUUGGCCAGCUUUGGGAAGUAACAAAGGACAAAAACACCAAGGAGCAGGCAUUUUUUUUGAGUUGAACUAAUGCUAUUCGUUUUUUAGUGUUACCCUUUGCGACUUGUCUUGCUUCCGUUUUACACAGCAUUGGCCAAUGUGUGACAUUGCUGUCACUGACUAAAACCGCCGCUGUAUAACCUCUAAUCUCACCGGUAAUUUUCCCAACCACUUAGUCUAAGUUAUGAAAGAUAUUAUUUAUCGUGGUAUGUGUAUAAACGGUUCAUUUAUAGUUUGUCUCACGGUUGUCAAUUAGUUGUUGAUAUGCCUAGUCUAACUUGCCUCUUGUUACCCUUGCAAGACAUCUUGUAUAGUGUAACACGCGAGUGGUCAUUCCAGUUCAACUUUCUUCCAUCAACAGAAAGCCCAACCCGGGGAAGGGACAUAUGCUGACCUUGGGGAAUUUCAUCAAAAGUCAGCGGCCCCUACGGGGCCAGUAAAACGGCCCCCUGCCUACGAAGAAACGCCCUAUGCAGAAAUAACGCAAUUCUUACAGGGCCCUGUUGAUACAAAUGAAGAGGAAACGCCACAAGAGGAACAAGUUGCAGCGACGAAGCAAGAUGAUAAGGAUGAUGAUGGCGGUGAAGUUGAAAACGCUGAGCCAACACCUGGCUUGUACCCUCCUCUUGAAUAUGCCGAUAGCCCUGAAGAACAAACAAGUCAACAAUUUGUAGUUUCAAUUUGA